AUGGGUGUUCGGCGAGUGCGGAGACGAUUCGGUGAAACUAUUCGCCCGUCGAGCCAUUGCGUUGCGGUGAUCAUAACCACGAGCGCUGCGACCGCGCCCAAGACCGGUGGUAACCCUAAUUCGUUCACCCACAAUGGCUUACCGUUCAACGGAGUCAACGGGGCCGACGGAGUCAACGGGGCCGACGGAGUCAACGCGGCCGACGGAGUCAACGCGGCCGACGGAGUCAACGCGGCCGACGGAGUCAACACGGUCAACGCUUCCUCAGACGCUCUCUGUGUUCGCCCGCCCGCAGCGCUCUCCUGCUCGCUCUCGCACGGCCUGUCGCUCUCGCUCCUCUCCUCGCUGACUGCCACGUGGCAGCACGGCAGACACCGCCUUCGAGCCAGCGGCAGUGGCAGAGAGUGGAGUCACAGCAAGAUCCACAUUCGCCACCAGCGGGUUUCAUCCCUCGCCUCCGCGUCCCUCCUCCUGCUCCUCCUCCUCAUCCUCCCUUCCCACCCCUCCUAUGCAGGUGCUAGCGAAUCAGGAGGUGGGGGGGCCGAGUGUGCUGCUGGUGGUGUUGGCAUGGAAUGGAACAUGGCAUGGAUGGGUCGAGCCAGGGACAUCCCAGACAAGUACCGCCGGGACUUCUUCCCCUCGCUCAUCAACGGUACCAUACGUGACUCGUGCCUCCUUUGCUCCCCUGCUUCCUCUCCCUCUGCAUGCACCCCUCCUUCCAUGCCAUGUGUGUUCCCUCUGCUUCCGUUUGCCUCACUGCUCCAUUUCCUCCCCCUCUAUCUGCAUACCCGCUACAGAGUGGUGCCAUUAGAGGCGCGCGUGGCCUUCAAGUCAUGCUGUGCCAUCUUCUGGAACUUCCACCUCUCCUCCUCGCUCGGCAAGGAAGCACCUCAUCCAGCAACCCAACGCUCACCUCUUCCUGCUGCGCCUUUGCCUGCUCCUGCUUCAUCUCUUGAUUACUCUCCUACCGCCGUGGCUUUUGCUGGUUACCAACAUCCGCCGCCUCCCUCCCUCCCUCCCAUCACGCGCGCAUGGCGUGGCUGCCGUGGUGCCAUCCCAGGCGGCCCAAACCUAAGGCGCUGGGACGGCGCAGCACUCUGCCCAGAGAUGGCGCUGGUGAGGCAUGGGCGGGCGUGCUGUGCGGUGGAGCGGAGUGGAGGGGCGGAGUGGGGAGGGGCCGAAAUGGGUGAGGAAGAGGGCUGGUGGGGCGGCACCACCUGUGUGGCUCAUGCUAGCGUGCAGCAGAGUGAGGGUGCCGGUGAGGGGCGUGGCGCAGUAUUGUGUCUCAUUCUCUCCCAUCCUCCUCUCCCCUCCCCUCCCCCUUCUCCCCCCCUUUUAUCCCCACUCAUCCUGGCGCGCAGGAGGGUGAGCGUGCUCGUGAGGGAUGCAAAGGAGGCCACUGCUGGUCCCUCCUCGCGCCCCUCGGGUCUGGCGGGGCUGCUCUGGUCCGCCUCGCCAAUAGCAGCAGCUGACGCCGAGGCAGCACUCGCUGCUGCUGCUGUGGCAGCAAGCGGUGACGGUGAGAGGGGAGCAGCCGGGGAGGCGCGGAGGCGGGGCUUUGGGUGCACGGUGGUGCGAGGGGGGAAGGUGGUGCGAGGGGGGAAGGUGGUGCGAGGGGGGAAGGUGGUGCGAGGGGGGAAGGUGGUGCGAGGGGGGAAGGUGGUGCGAGGGGGGAAGGUGGUGCGAGGGGGGAAGGUGGUGCGAGGGGGGAAGGUGGUGCGAGGGGGGAAGGUGGUGCGAGGGGGGAAGGUGGUGCGAGGGGGGAAGGUGGUGCGAGGGGGGAAGGUGGUGCGAGGGGGGAAGGUGGUGCGAGGGGGGAAGGUGGUGCGAGGGGGGAAGGUGGUGCGAGGGGGGAAGGUGGUGCGAGGGGGGAAGGUGGUGCGAGGGGGGAAGGUGGUGCGAGGGGGGAAGGUGGUGCGAGGGGGGAAGGUGGUGCGAGGGGGGAAGGUGGUGCGAGGGGGGAAGGUGGUGCGAGGGGGGAAGGUGGUGCGAGGGGGGAAGGUGGUGCGAGGGGGGAAGGUGGUGCGAGGGGGGAAGGUGCGACACAGUGAACGAAUUAAGUGUCAGGAGGAGAAUGUGGCAGUGGUGGUGGUGGCGGCAGCGCCAGCUGUUCUUCCUCCCCUCUUCCAAUCCCCAUGCUCUCGUCGCAUCAGGUCUCCCCCCACCACCCUUCAGGGCGGCGCCACGAGGGGCAGCGUGUCAAGGGAGUAUCUGGCAGCCGUGGUGGCGGCAGCGCUGGCAGUGCCACCGCCCUCCCAGCACAGACGCAUCAUUGAGGUGGUCAACUUCGAUUCCCCAAAGGACUCAAACGAUGGAUCUGAUUUCUCACAGCAAAUAGCUGGGCUCCCCACAGAGCCAAUCGUACGCUGA